UGUAUAAUUCAGAGAGCUCAUGGAAUCCCUCGCUGAGAUAAUUCCUUUUGCUAAGGAGAUGAUGAACCAGAAGCCAAAGUGGGCCAUGGUGAAGAUCUACACCAUCGGCUCCACCCUGGCCAUACUCGGAGUUAUUGGUGGACUUUUGGGCAUGGUUCUCCUGCCUUUUGAGGAGCAGGAGGUGAUCGAAGAGACACCAGUGUUUCUGCUCAGGAAGAAGAAAGAGAAAGAACAAGUGUUCACAUCACAUACCUAUGGCUCUGGACCUGAAGAUGCGUUGGAGACAGCAGUGAUCAAACAUCUGGUGUCUGCUGGACAGAGAAGCUCAGCAAACCGUUUGCACGCUUCAUGAAGAAACUGAUCAAGGCAGAAGGUUGUAAAAUGAAUAAUCAUGUACGACUGCACUUUCUUUUCAACUAGUUUUUUUAUGUUGUUACAAGUGCAAAUCUCACUGCUGGCUUUUAAUAUGAAUAUGUGGAUACAGAUCUGACUGCUGUGCAGCAGAUUGAUGCAGUGAUGCAUACGCAAUGAAUGUGCUGGUAAUACUUGUAAAUAAUUUCAUAUUGCACUCCAAUAAAACAUAUUUUCAGUAAGUAACAGGAGCAGACCUUGACUGAAUAAUGAUGAAUGCAAAGGAUUAAAACAAAGAUUAAAGAA